GCCUCGACCUCGACCUUCUGCUCGUGCUAAGAGAGAGGGCGACGAGGGAUUUCGCGCGAAGAUUGAGGAUCGAAGGAUUGAAGCCAGGAUCGAGCGAGAGCGAGAGCGAGAGCGAGGGCGGAUGGCGAUCCUGCAGUAGAGGACGAUGCGGUGUGAACGAAUCCCUUUUUAGUCGAUUCCCGGCUGGCUCCACUGCGCAAUGCUCUCUGCAUUCCUGCUUGACUGAGACCUAAGCCGUAGUUGCUCGGGCUGGAUGGGCUUUCAUUGCCGGCUCGAUUGACGGACGGUUGCACCUGAGAUCGGAGUUUGAACCGUGUUCCUGGAGUCGGUUUUGUCUGCUCAUGACCCCUACGAAGGGUUCAUAGAAAUGACGAUUCACUUCGUAUUGCUGAUCAGCCGGCAGGGCAAGGUCAGGCUGACCAAGUGGUACUCGCCGUACACUCAGAAAGAGAGGACCAAGGUUAUUCGUGAGCUCAGCGGAGUGAUUUUGUCUAGAGGACCAAAGCUUUGUAACUUCGUCGAGUGGCGGGGUCUUAAAGUUAUCUAUAAAAGAUAUGCAAGUCUGUACUUUUGCAUGUGCAUAGACGCGGAUGAUAAUGAACUUGAAACACUCGAAAUCAUUCACCAUUUUGUGGAGAUCCUCGAUCGAUACUUCGGCAAUGUUUGUGAGCUGGAUCUGAUUUUCAACUUUCACAAGGCCUACUAUAUACUCGACGAAGUACUCAUUGCUGGAGAAUUGCAAGAAUCGAGCAAAAAGUCUGUAGCGCGAGUGAUUGCGGCUCAGGAUACUCUUAUCGAGAAUGCGAAAGAACAGGCUGGAUCCCUCAGCAACAUGAUUGCCCAAGCCACCAAAUAAGGACCUCAGUGUCCUGUUUGACACAGAUGACAUGGACUUUUGGAAACAAGGACAAAAAAAUGUAGACUUGUUUUUACUGGCCGGUAAAGUAGGAAUUACAUGGGGAAGUGUGUAUUUAUUCACACUGUAGUCGUAGGAAGUCUCUUGAGAUUUGUAAGUAGGACAUUCAUUUGAGCCGCGGAGAGCCCAUGUCAUGUGACAUGAAGAUAGGCAUGCCUUCCUUGUAAGCAGGAAUUCUUAUGCAAGAAUUUCAAACUCCGGGUUGAACGUAAUAUUUGUAAGCCAAUCGGUUGCUGUUUUGUGU